AUGCUUGCCGCCUCGCCUUCGUUCGUGCAUCACCCGCUUCAGGAUCGCUGGCAUCAGCAGCAGCAGCAGCAGCAUCAGCAGGCUGUCUUCUCGAGCCCUCAACCCGUGUUUGAAGCGCACCAGCUCUCCGCCAGCCCUGCGCCCGGCGUCCCCGACAACAAGCUGCGCGAGCUCGCCUCCAUGGCGUCCCUCGCGAACCACCCCGCGGCGCCGUCGCCGCCGCCGCCUGCGUCGCUCGCUCAGUCGCCGCCCGUCGCUUUCUCCGACCCGUGGGGCGCAGGCUCCGACUCCCCGUGCGCACAGUUCGCCGCUCAAAGCCCCCCCGACGGCCCGCCUCCUCGCCUGUCCGUCGGUUCCGGAGAGGCUCUCCCGUCGCCGAUCCCCACGCCGCCCUGCACGUGCUACUCGCGUCUGCCGGCCGGAUGCACGUCGGAUCCGCACGCGCCGACCGUUAAGUACAUCGGCGUGCGCCUGCGCGGGCGCAACCGGUGGGUGGCGGAGAUUAAAGACAACAACCACGGCGUGCGCAAGUGGCUCGGCACCUUCGCGUGCCCCGUGCAGGCCGCGCAGGCCUUCGACGCCGCGGCGCGAGCGAUUCGCGGCCCGAAGACGAAGGCGAACUUCAAGCGCGGCGACGCGGAAUUCGUGGAGGACGUCCCGGAGGUUCUCUCCGUGCUCGCGUACUGCGCCUCGGGCAAGCCGCCGCAGCAAUCGGGAAACCUGGCGGGGCUGGCGGACGGUUCCGCGCGGAGAGCGUCUCCGAAGCAGUCGUCUCCCGCGGGUCCGCCGGGCAGAAGGCCGGGCAGGGGCAAGCCGCCGUCCCCCUCUGCCGGCCCCUUGCCGCUCGCGAUCGGCCCGCCUUCCAUCGCCGCGCCGUCCUUCUCGACUGCACCUUACAACGCUGACGCGUCGCCGCUAACGGCCUUCCCGUCUACUCGCGCGCCGCAUGAGGUCGCUGUGAAGCGCGAAGUCCUGGCGCCGUCUUCCCUGCUGCCCGUCGCGGCGUUCGCCGAGGCCCGCGCAGCGAGCGAGCACCCGGUGAUUGUGCAGCCGGCGCACGCAGGCGGGCGCGCGGCGGCGGGCUGCGCGCCGCCAGCCGCAGUUGACGGCGUGACGUGGGUGGUGGCGGAGCCGGAGCAGGCGACGCCUUGGCCUGCGCGGACGGCGGAACCCGUAAGGUUCGCGCAGCCAGCUGCUCCCGCGCCCCACGCGCUGUAUCACUCACCUGCACCGCAGUGGCGCGACGCGCAGGGGGAGCAGCGCGAAGUGCGGUACAGGAGGGCAGAGGUGCAGACAGGUGCAGGAGGGGAGGGCGACGCGACAGUCAUCGAAUGCGCCUCGCUGUGGUCCCCAUGUCGACCGGCUGAUGCGAGCAGAGAUGAGGACGCAUAUGCACACACGCCAUCCGCGCAGCCAGAUGACAUGGAUGUCCGAUCCUCCAGCCACGUCAGGCUCGGAAAGCGCAGGUCGCCCGAGCCUGCGGAGGGCCUUCAGUUGAAUCAGUUGGCGAGGAACGCUGAGGCGAGCGGGCCUGCAGGCAUGGGUGGGGUGCUCUCUCUGCUGUCCGUUGGAGCCCUCCAGUCGUCCGGCGAGAGGCUCGGAGGUAGGCUCGGUGGCGAGAGUCUGAAGGUGAAGGGAAUGAGCCUUUCUUCACUCUUGCCUGUUGCCGAGCCUGCGCUUACUCCUGAGGAGUUUGGCGAGCUUCGGCAGAGGCUCGGGUGGAAGGUGGUUCGGAUGGAGGACCUCGAGGAAAUCCCAAGGGUGGCUCGGGAAGCUCUGUUGAGGUUCAGGCAGGACAAAGACUUCACCAUGCUGUCACUGUAG